GAAGCGCCUCGGGCAGGGAAAGGGCCUUCUCCCCUCUCUUUCCCCCAUUUUCUCGUCCAUCUCUUCCCGUUUCCCCCCCUUUUUAUUCUUCCUACUGGCCUGGUGGCACCAUGACGGCGUCUCCCGACUACCUGGUGAUUCUCUUCGUGACCACGGCGGGAAACAACGGGUCAAGGCUGGGCUCGGAUGAGCGAGAGCUGCUUCAGCUCCUGUGGAAAGUGGUCGACCUGAGGAGUAAGGAGCUGGGGCACCUGCACGAUGUGCUGGUCCGGCCUGACCACCUGGACCUGACAGCUGAGUGCCAGGAGAUCACCCAGGUGGAUGUGGAGAGCCUGGCACUGGCUCCACCGCUGGAGCAGGCAUUGAGACAGUUUAAUCAGUCCGUGAGCAAUGAGUUGAACAUUGGUGUAGGUACUUCGUUCUGUUUCUGUACUGAUGGACAGCUGCAUAUUAGGCAGGUUCUGCACCCUGAAGCUUCCAAAAAGAAUAUCUUGCUGCCUGAAUGCUUCUACUCCUUUUUUGACUUGCGGAAGGAGUUCAAGAAGUGUUGCCCUGGCUCACCUGAUGUUAGCAAACUGGAUGUUGCAGCCAUGACAGAAUAUUUAAAUCUUGACAAGAACAGUCCAGCGUUUCCCUAUGGAGCCUCUCAAGUUGAAGAUAUGGGGAAUAUUAUUUUAACACUAAUAUCUGAACCAUACAAUCACCGAUUUUCAGAUCCAGAAAGAGUAAACUACAAAUUUGAAAGUGGGCCGUGCAGCAAGAUGGAACUUGUGGAUGACAAUGCUGUUAUCCGAGCAAGAGGAUUGCCGUGGCAGUCAUCUGACCAGGAUAUAGCAAGAUUCUUCAAAGGCCUAAAUAUUGCGAAGGGAGGUGCUGCUGUCUGUCUUAAUGCCCAAGGUAGGAGGAAUGGGGAGGCUCUCGUGAGGUUUGUAAGUGAAGAGCAUAGAGAUCUAGCACUACAAAGGCACAAGCAUCACAUGGGGAAUCGAUACAUUGAGGUAUACAAAGCAACAGGUGAAGACUUCCUUAAAAUUGCAGGAGGUACUUCCAAUGAGGUUGCACAGUUCUUGUCGAAAGAAAACCAAGUGAUUGUCAGGAUGCGAGGUCUUCCUUUCAACGUUACAACAGAAGAAGUGCUGACAUUCUUUGGCCAGCACUGCCCUGUAACAGGAGGAAAAGAGGGAGUCCUGUUUGUCACAUACCCUGAUAGCAGGCCAACAGGGGAUGCCUUUGUAUUGUUUGCCUGUGAGGAAUAUGCACAAAAUGCACUGAAAAAGCAUAAGGACUUGCUGGGGAAAAGGUACAUUGAACUUUUCAGGAGCACUGCAGCAGAAGUUCAGCAGGUGCUGAACAGGUACUCUUCCACGCCUCUCAUUCCUCUCCCAACACCUCCUAUUCUUCCAGUAUUACCUCAACAAUUUGUGCCUCCCACUAAUGUCAGAGACUGCAUACGUUUGCGUGGUCUUCCCUAUGCUGCUACUAUAAGGGACAUCCUGGAGUUCCUGGGGGAGUUUUCUACAGAUAUUAGGACCCAUGGAGUUCACAUGGUACUAAAUCACCAGGGACGUCCAUCGGGAGAUGCUUUUAUUCAGAUGAAAUCUGCAGACCGAGCUUUUCUGGCUGCACAGAAGUGUCAUAAGAAGACUAUGAAGGACAGAUAUGUUGAAGUCUUUCAAUGUUCUGCUGAGGAGAUGAACUUUGUAUUAAUGGGGGGCACUUUAAAUCGAAAUGGCUUGUCCCCACCACCAUGUAAGUUACCAUGCCUUUCACCCCCUUCCUACUCCUUUCCGGCUCCUGCUGCAGUUGUGCCAACAGAAGCUGCUCUUUAUCAGCCAUCUAUGCUCCUGAACCCACGAACACUCCAGCCCUCCACAGCAUACUACCCUGCUGGGGCUCAGCUCUUCAUGAACUACACAGCAUACUACCCCAGGUAAAGCAGAGGAGAAACCAAGCAGGAACAAAGAAGUCUUUUUGCAGCAAAUGCACAAACCUCACAAAAGAACAUUGUCUGCCGUGCUAAGGGCUUGUGCUACCAAGAACAGCUUGUUCAGUAUCUUGUUCAGGGAAACAAUUUCAGGAUAUCUAGGGAUUUCCUAAGUUUUAGAGUAUUUCAGGUAGUAAUAAUUAUUUUUUUUAACAAGUCACACAGUUACAGUGGGAUUUUUUUGUUGCUUUGUUUUUGUUUCGUUUUGUUUUCACCUAACAUGCAUCUUAAACUUGUUAGUUUGCAUUGUUAUACCCUCAGUGGGAAUUGGUGUGUGGAUAUGGACAGCCUUCCCAUGUCCGUAGAGAAGCCCUUGGCCCCUCUUUAGAAUGAGUGGAUUGGGGUCUGCUCUAACAACUUCUGAAAUUCUGUCUCCAUUUUUGUAAUAAAGUAACUUUUGACCUUUA